CAAGUUGAAGUAGGGUCCACAAAAUUUGUAUCCCCAGGUCAAGUUGUCGCCUUAACUGCUUUAUCGGAAAAACCUCGUGAUGGCUUCCAAGGAAGCAUCGCUGAAAAUUGUAAGCUAUGUCACAGUAAUAAUGACCAUGCUUGCAGCUACAGUUUGGAUGUCAGAAAGACAAAGCAUUACAAUUGAGGUGAAAUGCAAUGGAACACACAGAACUUGGAACGAAACUACUUUGGACAAGAAAACCAUGCAGUAUAAAAUAAUGGCUUUGGCUGUGAGAAGUCUGCUGAAAAAGGAUCUUGAAAACGUAACGGGCGUUACUGAUAUUAAAAUAAAAAAAUUCUUGAAGAUUCACAGAAACCCUGGAACGUUUUGCAAAUUUGAAUUUAAGUCCGAUCUUGGAAAAGAAAGAGUCGAAAAUGAACUUGACAACGCCCUCGACAUUUGCAUGGAAAAAGCGUCGAUCUUGAACCUUCUACAGAACAUGAGCCUCCUGUUGCCUGGUGUAGAAUGGAAGGAUCCCUUUGCUGAUUACAACAAUUCUGAGUACAGAAGAAUAAAAACAGCAAUAGAAGAUGCUCUUAACGAAUUCUACCAAGACAAAGACGACGUCGUGGAUUUUGAGGUCGUUUCGCUCGCUAAAGCAAAUGACGGAUGGACCUUAGCGAAGGUGGAGUACUAUCUUUUGGUUUCAUCAGCCACCAACGCGACAGGAAAAGAAUUGCAAGACACACUUACAACGUUUACAAAAAGUGACACGUAUGAAAAGACGUUCCCUGAUGCCAAGCGAAUACACGAAAAACGAAAUACUGCUACUGAGAGUAGUGAGAUGGAUAAAGAGAACCAGAGGAGCAAAUUGACAAUAAGCUUGAUUGUGGUGGCAGCGAUAACCAUUUGUGCAGUGAUGAUACUCUUCCUUAUUGUGGUUAUCCGUCAGAGUUGGAAAUACAUCGGAGAACACGCACCCGAGGUCAAAUUUGAGUUGUACCGAAAAAGACGAAGCAGGAUUAAGAAUCUCCCCGAGAAAAUCCAGAAGGAAGAGACCAAGACCACACCUGUUAGCAGGGAGGAUUGCAUUGUUGUGUUAAAUUCAUAUGAUAAUCCAGUAUCUUCUGAAUCGUAA